UCAGGUUGCAAUUCAUCCUCAUCCUGUCAAUCACCGGUGUUGCCCAGCACAAAAAUGAAGCGUCAAAAAUGAGAAGUUUUUACAUAGAAGUUGUAGAAUAUUGUCACCAGCCCACCCCCACACACCCAUUUUAUUUCACAGUAACAAAAGCUGAGAUGAAUGAGUUGUUGUCUGGCCCUUCCCACUUUGUAUAGUCAUUGGCUGGCUCGGUUCUAAAAAGGAUUUAAAAAAGGGGAAUAAUGUGCCUUUGCCGGGGAUCGGAGACUGUCAGGGUGCUGAAAAGCUGAUCCGUGAGCUGCCACCAUGCAGAUCUCUUGGGCUGUGUUCUCUCUCUGCGCCUUAAUACAAAUUGCAUUUCGAUCAGUGGAAGGGUGGCAGAUGUUUAAAAACGAUGCGACAGAAAUCAUUCCAGAGAUCACUGAAAACACAGAACCACCGGUGGAGGAGAUUUUCAGCAACAACAACACAAUGAACCAGGCGAAGCAUGGAGGAAGACACAUACAACAAGCUCCAGAAACUAACGAUGCUUCCGACUUCAGCUGCAGAGAAAUGCGAACCACCCGCUAUAUCACAGAGGGGCCUUGCCGAAGCAUCAAGCCCGUCAAGGAACUGAUCUGCUCUGGUCAAUGUUUCCCCUCACACGUCCUUCCCAAUUCUAUUGGGAGAGGGAAGUGGUGGCGUCAGAAUUCCAUGGAUUAUCGCUGCAUUCCUGCUCACACUCGUACGCAGCGCAUCCAGAUGACUUGUCCUGAGGAAGAGACUCGGACUUACAAAUUCCGAGCUGUCACCUCCUGCAAGUGCAAGCGCUACACUCGUUACCACAACCAGUCUGAGCUGAAGGACUUUGGAAAGGAAACCGUCAGGCCUCAGAAAAACAAGAAGCCCCGUCUCUCCAGAGCUAGGAGCAGCAAAUCUAACCAGCAUGAGUUAGAAAAUGCUUAUUAGAAGGUGGCUCUGAGUGGUACAGCCUAGCAGCUCUGGAUAUUUGACCAAACAUCAAAUGGUUCUCACAGGCCACAGCAUGACGUUCUGACUGCAGUAGGUUCCAAUUCCUUCUGCUAAGCUGGGUCAAAGGCUCACCUAGUCAAAAACCUAUCAGAUUGUAGUAAUUAUGGUCUGAUAAGAGAAUGAGAUAAACUGAGCUGGAGGUAGUAACACCUAAAUUCUAUCUCAGAGGAGAGGGACACCUUGGAGAUUCACGUGAGGUCACGGGGCUUGUACAUGUAGGAAGGCAGAGGAGAGCGAAGCUAUUACGGUGACAAUCACGCUUUGUUAGGAGUCAUUCUACUCACUCUAUGUGAAAAGAACAGAGAUAGCUUUCCCACUUUUCUAAGUGCCACGAAGCAGGACAAGCGAUUAGAGAAGCAUUGGGAGAGUUGGCGCUCUCUGAAUGAGGUGUAGGAAGGGACAGCAGCGAUUUCAACAGUU